AUCCGGAAUUCUACAGUAUGAGUUUGUGUUUUUCUUAACCGGAAGUUAACAGAAAAGGGAGGGGUGUUUAUAAAACUGAUUUAACCAAGACCUGUUGUAGUGUUUAUUUUGAUAUUUCGCCUGUAUAUUCUUAAGUCGAGAUCAGAUAAACUAAAACUAAAGAAUAUGCGAUGAUACUCCUUUACAUUGUGUAGAAAAGUUAACAAAAAGGACGAAAAUGGCGAAUCAGGGGUUUGUUCCUGGUGGAGCCGUAAACCCAUCAACUCAAGUUGAAAUCAGCGUUUCUUGCAGAAACCUACAGGAUAAGGACACGUUCUCCAAAUCUGAUCCAAUGUGUGUGUUGUUCACUAAGGACACGAGAUCAGGCUCUUAUCAUGAGUUUUCCAGAACUGAGAUGAUUAAGGACACCCUCAAUCCAGACUUUGUACACAAGUUUGUGAUGAACUAUUUCUUUGAGGAGAGUCAGAAACUUAAAUUUGAAAUAUAUGAUGUUGACUCCCCUAAACAAGCCCUUACAUCUCAUGACUUCCUUGGGAGAUUGGAGUGUACUCUUGGUGAAAUUGUUGGGGGCUGCAGUGGAAGACUGGAUGCCAAGUUGCAGGGAUCUAAGGGACAGGGGCAGAUUAUUGUAAGAGCAGAAGAAAUGAGCAGCUCCAAGGAAAUGUUAACUCUUCACUUCAGUGGAAGCAAGUUAGACAAGAAAGACUUCUUUGGAAAAUCGGACCCUUUCCUAAUUUUCUAUAAAGCCAAUGAGGAUGGCAGUUUCACAGCUGUUCACAAGACUGAAGUUAUAAAAAAUACGUUAAACCCAACAUGGAAACCAUUUCAAAUUCCAGCGGUCAAGCUCUGCAAUGGUGACUAUGACAGAACUGUGAAGAUUGAAUGUUAUGACUGGGACAGUGAUGGAAGCAGCCAUGAUAUAAUAGGUUACUUCACCACCAAUGUAAGGGAGUUAACUGGAAAAUCAAACCUUAGUUUUGAGGUGAUAAAUCAAAAGAAGAAAGCAAAAAAGAAAGGCUAUAAAAAUUCGGGUCAGAUUCACUUACUCAGCAUAAAGAAGGAAAUAAAGCCAUCAUUCUUAGACUUCCUGAAAGGAGGGACACAGCUGAAUUUUACAGUUGCAAUAGAUUUUACUGGGUCCAAUGGAAAUCCCUCUUCUCCCCACUCUUUGCAUUACAUCAACCCUUAUCAGCCCAAUCAAUAUGUAGCAGCUAUCCAGGCUGUAGGGGAGAUAAUCCAGGACUACGAUAGCGACAAGCUAUUUCCAGUAUUGGGCUUCGGUGCCAAACUACCAGAUGGAUCUGUUUCACAUGAGUUUCCCAUCAAUUUUAAUGCAGCCAACCCGUAUGUGCAGGGAAUUGCAGGUAUUCUAGACGCUUACCAGAAUGCUAUAAGGAGAAUCCAACUUUAUGGACCAACCAACUUUUCACCAGUAAUUAGUCAUACAUCAAGAUUUGCAGCGUCCAUAAGAGAUGGUUCGAAUUAUUUUGUUCUGCUAAUUCUGACGGAUGGCGAGAUCACAGACACGAGAAAUACCAUUGAUGCCAUAGUGAAUGCAUCGCACUUGCCCCUUUCCAUCAUUAUUGUGGGAGUAGGAAAUGCAGAUUUUACAGCAAUGAAUGUGUUAGAUGCAGAUGAGCAGAGACUGUGUUCAAAUGGAAAGUAUGCUGUGCGAGACAUAGUACAGUUUGUUCCAUUCCGAGAUUUUCUUGGGGGACAGUUUGGAGGAAAUACUCAGGUUUCUCAGGCAGCCCUUGCCAAGGAAGUUCUGGCAGAAAUCCCACAACAGGUGGUGCAAUACAUGCAAGCCAACAAGAUUACUCCAAAGCCACCGAGGACAGAUAUUGCACUUCCUGGUCAAAAUCCAGCUCAGCAAAACCAGGCACAAAAUCAGCCUCCCCCUCCUCCACCUCAGAAUCAGGGAUCCUUGCCAGCAUGGGCAAAUCCUCCUCCAGGGGGCCCCAGUGCCCCUCUUAGUGCCCCUCCUGCAGGUGCUGGUGGUGCUUGUCCAUAUCCUCAACAAGGGCCCUGGUGAACAAAUGAUUUCAAAUAGUUGCAAUUAUAUCUGAUUUGUUAUUGUUUUUUUUUUAAAUUUUUUGUAUUCUACAUGUAAUUUUGUAGUGUGAUGAAAGUUAUAACCCAAAACAUUUAUCGUAUGGGGUUUUUGGUUUGUUUUUUCUUCAGCAAAUAUACCAAAUGAAGUUGAUAUUAAAAUCUGAACAUAUAUGCAUAUCAUUACAUUAUGUUACUCAAUGGUAGAUUUAAUUUUCCUUUUUCUUGAAUGUUUUAAUUUUAUGUUAAAUUAAAUACUACUAUUACCACAAUUAUUUUAGCAAAUAUAUCCCCCCCCCCCCCUCCCUCGAAUUAAAAUUACAUUUUGUACAGUAAUAAAAUUUUAUUUACUUCGAAGUUGAAGUUUUACAAACUAGUAUAUGUACUGUUAAAAAGAAUUCUUAUAAUAAUCCAAGUCGGACUAUUUGUCUUGCUACACAACAGGUGCCCUCACUGUAGCUUGCUGUUUAAAGUAACUCAUGUUCGUUAGAAGAUUCUAGUUUCAAUCAAACCUAACUUUGUUUAGUAGUUCUUUGCCUUUAAAGAACAAGAUACACUUUUGUUUUUAUUUUGCCCAGUUUUUCAUGUUAGUAUGAAAUGUUCAUAGAAAGGAAAGCAGGGUACUGUUUUAUAGAGUACUUCUAAGUGAGGAACUACAGAUUGUUAUCUUACUGAAGUUCAGCUUUAACUGUGACAAAAUAAACAGGUGAAUUGUCCCAUUUUGUGUCCAAAAUGGUGGUAGACCCACAUUUUGCACAGCAAUGCAGCAUGAAAAAGUAUACCAUGCAUACAUUACCCACAACAAACUAAUAUAUAUGAUGAAUCAUGUUAUAUUACACAAAAUAUUUUAAAAUUAGCAUUGAUGAUCUUGGAUGUGGAAAACUUUUUCCAACUUAAGAAUGUGGAAGAAAAAAAAAUGUGAUGUUCAUCUUCGAAGUUCAAUUUUUAAAAAAGAUUAAAUUUUAUGAAAUUGUUGCACAUUGACAUCACCACAGUUCUGUAAAAGAGAAUCUGUGUUUUAUUACAUAAUUAACAUUUAUUCAUCUUUACCAGUUUCAUGGAGUUUGAAUGAAUGUUAAUUUGUAAGAUUAAUGGUAAAAAUGGGUCUAAUUAGCUGAUAGAUAAAGAAUUGCUGAUGAUGAAUAUAAAUACAUGUGUAUACAGUUUAGUAUUUUAAUGUACAGGGUAUUGUAUUUUUGUGUGUAGAGAAGCCCUAGGAAAUCUAGACUAGUACUAAAAAACUAAAAAGGAAAAAAACCCAACAGACUUCCAUUUUUGAAUCCUUUAUAUAUUUCUGUAAUAACUCUGGAAAGAUUGGACAGGAACCAGUAGUGUGACAUUUAUUUAUAGAAACGAAAUGUGCAAUAAACUUUGUUUGUACAAUGGCUACCUGUCAAUUUACAAUUUGCUUAAUUGCAUAAUUUGAUCUUUUGAAAAGUGUUAGAAUGAUUUGCAUUGUCUUCCUUUUAUAUGACCAAGGACAGAACCUAGUCAUUUUUUGAUAGUCUUUUUUUGUGUUUUUAUGUCUGUAAAUUUCUGUAUAAUGAUGUUUGUAUUUUUGUCGUCCUUCUGCACACGGCAUUGUUACAGUUGUUAAACCAUACACACUGUCCACACAGCAGUAGCUUGUGUUAGGAACAAGAUAGUUAUGUUUUACGAUCUGGCUUUUACAAACUGUAACUUCUUAUACUAGCAUUAUAUUUUUGUUUUGCUACGCCUUUUUUUCUUCUUCAAAUUUAUGAUAACUUCAGGUACAUAAAUACACGUAUUUCUGUUUUGUUGUUAAAAAUUAAUUUUGUCUAAGAAAUGUUAACUGUAUUUUAAAGAUGAUGUAUAUCAUGAUGUUAUGAUGCUGCAGUAAACAUAUGAAUGAA